AUGUCUAACGAUUCCUUGCUUCCGUACUAUGCCAAAGGAACAAUUGUCAAAGGAUUUGGCCGAGGCUCCAAAGCACUUGGAAUACCUACAGCUAAUUUUCCUGAAGAUGUUGUUGCUCAGUUGCCGGAAGGAUUUAAUACCGGAAUUUAUUACGGUUGGGCGGCCCUUGAGGGUGAAAUAUAUAAAAUGGUUAUGAGCAUAGGGUGGAAUCCAUUCUAUCAGAAUGAAAAAAAAUCAAUGGAGGUUCAUAUUCUUCAUAAGUUUUCUAAUGACUUACAUGGUAGAGAGCUGAAAAUUGUCAUCACGGGAUUUAUACGACCAGAAACUAGCUUUGACUCUGUUGAAGCUUUAAUCGCUGCGAUAAAUAAUGAUAUUAAGAUUGCGGAUCAACGAUUGGAAGAUCCCAAGAUGAAUGAAUUAAAAUCGACUCUUUUGACUGAUUGUUAA